AAAUUAACUACUUCAAAAUGGAGAUCGCUGUCAGACCUAUAAUGGCACAGAUAUAAAGAUAAGUCCUUUAUUUAGCUCUAUGCUCCUCUCAACACACUUCCUGUUUUUGUUUGGAUCUUUUAGCGCCUCUCAUCCCAGUGAAGCGUCUAUCUAUUCUAUUUUCAGCAGUAACUCACAAUUCGUGUGUAAGUAAGAACUGUUAGUGUGCGCGCGCUACCUCAUUACACGCUUUUACCUACGGCCUCUAAUAGGCUCGCAAGAGCAUGACCGAAUCAUGCAAACAUGGAACUUGGAUAUUUGAUUGUCUUUUGCCUCUACUGUUCUACUGUCGAUUGCUGUAACCUAUAUGAAGGUAAAGUGGAAACAACAAAUACUGUACUGCUUAAAAACAUUUUUUUUACGUCGCUGUCACUUUUUAUACACCACAAUCCCUGACGCGAACUAUUUCCUUUAGGACCCAGUGGAGCUCUGCGAGCUAAUCCCUGUGAUGUAGUACACAUGCUGUCCCUGACGGUUGUUUUAGGUCAGUGCUAUUCGGAAUCCUUGGGACGUCCCUACCUUAAACCCUAACUUAACCAUUUUGCAUUUCAACUUCAAUGGGGGGUAGUGACGUCCCAAGGAUCCCAGAUAUCAAGGACCGUUUGUUUUGCGGUACUCGAGUGUAUGGUGGGGGCCCAUAAUCAGUUUUGCAGACACUAAUCUCCAUUGUAUGACAGUGCAUUGUCUGAAAAACAACAUCUGGCUGCUGAAUGUGCGCCAUCCAUGUCGAGGUAAAAUGUUACCUGGUCGUUAUAGCCUUUCUUAGUCAGGCUCUGAAUGUCGAGGUUUGAUACAGGUUCCUGCUGCUAGCUAGCUAACGUUCGUCUUGUUCACCAGCUGACUUGCUAACAUUUCUUGGUGUUCUGACUGUACUGCAUGCUUUAAAAGAUAAAUUACGCAUCAGUUGUUCUCGCACCUGAUAAUUAUGCUUGCCAAUUCAACACGGGGCUUUCUCUGGUCGGAUGUCGAAACCAGAACCUUGCUGAAUAUCUGGGGGGAGCCGGACAUCCAGGCGGCGUUGGGCGGCAACUUCCGAAACAGUCAUGUCUACCGCGACGUCGCCCGAAGUUUGGGAAUUAUGGGAUUCGAAAGAACCUCAGAGCAGUGUAGGGUGCGAAUCAAAAGCCUGAAAAGGCAGUUUAUCCUGGCCAAGGAGGGCAACCUGAGGAACAAUGGACAAUACCACAAAAUCUGCAAGUUCUAUGACGCCAUGGAGAGGAUACUAAGCAGCCGUCCCCAGAUUGACCCCCAGGAGUUGUUAGACAGUGGGGCCGUGGGGGAUGAGACCGAGGAGGAAGUGGACACAGACCCUCCACAGGACCCAUACAUGGAGAGCACAGGGGAAUGCUCCUACCCAGAGACCCAAGUGAAGCUCGAAUACCCUCCCAUCCCUGUGACAGUAGGAAAUAGCACUACAGUCAGACAGAUCAGCAGCCAGUCAGCUGGUGGGCCAUCCUCCAAACGGCCCAAGAAGCGGCACGCCGACCUGGCCCUGGACAGUGUGACGAAGCGGCUCCUGGAGCAGAGUGCCGAGGCUGAGCAGAGCUUCUACCAGAUGGAGGAGCAGCGUCUGCAAGCCGAGGACCGCCGGCGAGAAGCCAAACAUGCCCGCGAGCUCCACAUGCUCCAGGUGUUGGGACAGAUGUUCUCCAGCAUCGCCACCAGGAACCCUGUCGCCACAGCUACCGCAAACACAGCAAUGCCACCUGCUCUGAAUACCAUGGAGUCCACCAUACAGCCCGGUGUGCCCAUGUCCAGCCAAAUGAGGCGUGGUCGGUCGAGUCACCGCCAAGUCCGCUCGCCCCAGUCCCAGGCUGAGUGGCCCAGCUACCACAGUCAACCACAGUCCAACGCAGGUUUAGUCCUUGAGCGCUCCUUCUCCCAUGGGACAGCAGCACGCCGAGGAAUGGAUGAUAUCCUUCCGCUGGUGAAGAAUAUAGUCCCUCCGCUGACGUCUAAAAAGCACAAAGGCCAAGAUGGGCGGAUUGGGAUUAUUGGGGGAUGUCAGGAGUAUACAGGAGCUCCGUACUUUGCUGCUAUCUCUGCAUUGAAAGUGGGGGCUGACCUGUCACACGUAUUCUGCACUAAAACUGCAGCGACAGUGAUCAAAUCCUACAGUCCGGAGCUCAUAGUUCAUCCUGUUCUGGACAGCCCCGAUGCAGUGGAGGAGAUAGAGAAAUGGCUCCCCAGACUCCACUGCCUGGUGGUGGGCCCAGGGCUGGGCAGAGACGAAAUGCUGCUGAAAAACGCCAAGGAAGUAAUUGAGAAGUCCAAAGCAAGAGAUAUCCCUAUAGUUAUUGAUGCAGACGGGCUGUGGCUGGUUGCUCAGCAACCAUCAGUCAUCCAAGGGUACCAGAAGGGCAUCCUCACUCCCAACUACAUGGAAUUCACCCAGUUGUAUGAGGCUAUGCACCAUGAGCCUCUGGAUAGCAGUGACCAUCAGAGGAGUGCCAUGGAGCUCAGUGUUGCCAUGGGCAACCUGACUGUGGUGCUCAAGGGGGAAGAAGACCUUAUCACUGACGGCAACAAGGUGAUCUUGUGCAGACAGGAGGGCAGCGGGCGUAGGUGUGGGGGACAAGGAGACCUCCUAUCUGGCUCUCUGGGAGUGCUGGCACACUGGGCAUAUACCUCCUCAGCAGACAUGACCAAAAGUGUGAACCCGUCAGUGGUGGCAGCGUUCGGGGCCUGUUCUCUGACCAGACAGUGUAACAGACAGGCCUUUCACAAACAUGGCCGAGCCACCACCACCACAGACAUGAUCCAGGAGAUCAGCUCCGCCUUCAAAAAACUAUUUGAGAGCUGAGAACGGUCUACAGGGGCCCAAGAUACUCACAUACGUACUGUGCAUACAUGCAUACAUACUGUACAUAGACAUAACGACACGCUCUUCCAUGGGAAUCCUGAGAAUCCAUUCUCUAUAAUCAUUGACAUUGGGCCAAAGAGCCCAACUAUCAAAGAUGUUGUCAAAACUUUUCAGAUCUUUUAGCUGUAGCUAGUCUGUACCUCCAGACAGGAAAGCUAAGCCCGGGAUUCAAUCCGUAAUUUCCAAUUGAGCCGACGUUGCAGUUUAUUUUUACCACGAUUGCAUUGUUCGAGAUCCUGUGAUCGUUAUUGAAUCUCGACCUAAGACUGUUUAAUCAACAAGAAAUAAUACAAGAAGUAGGGCUCCAACAUAUGAAACCACUUCUAGUCUAUUGGUGCUAAAUAAACUAGACUUUAAUGAUUUUUAAAUGGAUAAAGAAAAGGUGUCUGAAAUAUUCCCUCUGCUCUGGAGUCUGUUUAAUGUUCCUCAAAGUGCCUUGUUGGCUUUUAAAAUGUUGACAGCCAGCACUUCAGUAUUAAAGGGGCACACAAGGCUGAGCUAAGAUUAUUAUACAUCAAUAUUAUUAGACUACCUAACAGACUUCUAACAGUACACAUACUGUGUAGCACAUUUAAUAAUACCUGAUGAUUUACAGCAUAGAAUUCUCUGUGAUUUCCUUCCAGACAGUUAAUCCUAUUCCAUCAUGACAUUCCUAUCUUUACUGACAGUGUGGCACCGGUGUGGUCUCCUGUUUUUGUCAUAAACAUCUUUUACAUUGUAAAUAUUAAAAUGUUGAUUGAGAGUUCA